GUGGCGAUCAGAGCUGGGUGUCGAGUGACGUUGCUCGAGAGGCCUCUCACAGCGCUUGCAAUGCCAUCCCGCGCGCUUACAAGAACAAUGGGCGUCACGUCUAUUCAAGGAGUUGCCGGCCCCAAAACAAACAUUGUCACCAGGGAUUGAUUGCUGCAAACGCAAACGCCGUAACCACCGAUUCCUUGCCCGAGGAUCCCGAUCCUCCUUGCGCGCACACUACACAUUCUCAGGCCCAGUUGUUCGUGGCGGAGGCAAUACCCCUCACCACCACCCAACACCAAGCACCUGUCCCCGUCGAGACGACAAAACGAGGGGCUUUUGGCAAGUCGGCCCCUACUAGCCACCCGACAUCAAGGAUCUUCCAUCGUCCUCCGCAUUGGCAUAGUCCAUCCGCUUGCGAGAACAACGACGAGGCCGAUACCCAAGCAGUCAUGGCCGCCGGACACAAUGAUCCCAAGCUGCUCUACGCCAUUCGCGGCGUAUCGGCCUAUCAUCUCGCCUAUGGCAAGGAGGAAUCUCUCACGCCAGCAGGCCCUCAGACGCUGUCCCUAUUGAUGGUGCCCACCUCUUCGCCCUUCGCCGACCCGUCCUCUCUCGAUGCCAGCCAGAGGGACGCCGAGGAGGACUUCUACCUGCACCUGCACCUGCCUCCGGAGCUCGAUCUGCCUCUGCCCGCCACGACACAGAUCUAUCACCAGCCCCCCUGUAGCUAUCUCAUUCCGCGAUGGGACCUAGGGCGCGACAGUGGUGCCUUCACGCGGCUCGAGUUCCCACAGGUGGGGAGUCGCAAGGGCCUCCAAGAGGAUGUGGAUACCUUUGAAACCAUCCUGGCACAAUGCACUGCGUUCCUAGAGAGAGCCGCACCGCCAAAGACCGCAAAGGCAAAGGAGGCGGCCGAGGACAGUUUCGGACAGCCUUCCACAUCGUCCUCCAGCAAGUCCAAGAUGGCCUACGAGGACCAACUGCCAGCAUACGACCCCGGCCAGUACGAGCCCGGCGAGGCAUACGUCCAGGGCAGCCGGAGUAGCCACCAGGGAGGCAGAAUCGUGCUCAUUGACGAGGAGGAUGGAAGCGUCAUUGGAGAGCUGGGAGAGGGCUACGAAAUCCUGGACGCAAAGGUCGAGCCCGGCUCCAAAGCACCGGUCGAGAUCACUAUGCCGGCAGAUGGGGAGGCCAAGAAGCUUGCUAUCGUGCCAGCCUCGCAGGAGACACUUGAAGAAGAACUCCACCCUGCGUACAAGAAGUCGACCUUGGUCACUAAGGCCACGGCAGUCUCCCGCCUGAUUAUGACGACCACGAAUAUAGCCUCUACAGCCAUGGCCUCUGGUUCGGAUGCCUUCAUUCGAAACACGAAGCCAUUGGAGACGGCCAUGACCUUUCAGCCUACCACACAUGAACGAGUGCGUCGCAUAGGCAAGUUUUCGGGCGAUGUUGCUGGCGUGUCGGCCAAGACUGUGGGACAGGUCACCAAAGUGGCACAGAAUCUGGGCGCCCAUCUGUCUGGACGCGGCAAAGGAAAAGACCCAAAUGCCCGCCGCGGGUAUGGGCCCGAUGGCAAACCACUCGACUCGUUCAAGCCCAGCCUGCUGAACAAGAGCAUGAUGGCAUUCUCGACGGUCGCCGAUGGCAUCGACCAGGCUGCGCGGAACCUUAUGACCUCGGCAACGACGAAUGCCACGACAAUGGUGACGCACAGGUGGGGCGACGAGGCCGGCGAAAUGUCUAAACAUCUCGGAGGCAGCGUCAAGAAUGUCGGUCUGGUCUAUAUUGACGUCACCGGCGUCUCGAGAAGAGCGAUCAUCAAGGCUGUGGGCAAGGGCAUGGUAGUCGGGAAGGUCAAGGGUGGAGGUGAGAUUGUCGUUGGCGAUGAUAUCACUCGGCAAAUCUCCAACGCGGGAUCAAGCGGCCAAUCACCGCUUUUGCUUGAAGACAGCAAGACGGCCAGCCUGACCGGAGAGAAGAACUCGUAUUGAUGAGGUUGACCACUUUUUCGGGAAGGAUCCGGUUGGUGUAUGUAUGGAGGAUAUGGAACAUACUGUGACGAUAUAUAGAUUGCUUUAGUCCGUCGAGCGAUAGACAAGUGAAAUUUCACUGAAAGUGCCGC